CGCGCAUGCGUAGUUAUAAAAAAAUACGUUCAUCAGUGCAGGGCGCAAGCAUAAAACCACCUAACAUUAUAUUUUGUUGUAUGGCUAGAUAAGUACCUAUAGCAUCAUCACAGAAGGCUGUACUGCUGUAGAAGAGUGAUUGAGCAGAGCGAGUCGGUGUAAUCUACGUCUGGAGUUUGGGUCUGCAUGCCCAUGGCUCUCUGCCGAACGGAUUACAGUCGUGUAUACUAUAAUAUCUGUAUAAGCUGUCUGUGCUUUCGUUAAUCGUUAAUACGAUAAUACGAUUGGAAAUAAGGUCUAACAAGAGCCAGUUUCUGCAUCUAUCAGAGCAGACUUUUUUCAAGACAAAACUUGUUAUCAUGCAAAGUGUUAUAAACUCCGUUAAGGGCACUGCUCUCAGUGUUGCAGAGUAUUUAACCCCUGUUCUCAAGGAAAGUAAAUUUAGGGAAACUGGAGUUUUGACUCCCGAAGAGUUUGUAGCUGCUGGCGAGCACCUUGUUCACCAUUGUCCCACUUGGCAAUGGGCAGUUGGAGAUGUAGACAGAGCUAAACCUUAUCUUCCAAAAGAUAAACAGUUUUUACUUACAAGAAAUGUUCCUUGCACUCGCCGAUGUAAACAAAUAGAGUACUGUGAUGAACAAGAACAAAUUAUAGAAGCUGAUGAUCCAGAAGGUGGAUGGGUUGAUACUCAUCAUUAUGAUGUGAAUCUUACAGGUGUAGAAGAAAAAGUUUCUGAAAUGACAUUGGAAGAAGCUACACCAGCAGCAUCUGCUAAUUUAGCUGGUGAUUUGGAAGAUGAGGAUGAUGAUGAGGAAGCGGCGGAUAUGGAAGCCUUUGAAGUCAGUGGGAUGCUUGAUGAGCAAGACAAAUACACUACAGAUGCAUCCAAAAAACAAGCCAAAGAAAACCAAGAAUCAUUUUCAGAGGGUGAAAUUAUUAGAACGCGUACAUAUGACUUGCACAUUACUUAUGACAAAUAUUAUCAAACACCAAGACUGUGGCUUUUUGGGUAUGAUGAGAAUCGAAAACCUUUAACUGUUGAGGAAAUGUAUGAAGAUGUCAGUCAAGAUCAUGCCAAGAAAACUGUCACAAUGGAAACUCAUCCCCAUAUGCCUGGGCCUCCCAUGGCAUCUGUACAUCCUUGCAGACACGCCGAAGUUAUGAAAAAAAUUAUAGAAACUGUAAUGGAAGGUGGCAGAGAAUUAGGAGUUCACAUGUACCUUAUAAUAUUUUUAAAAUUUGUACAAUCCGUCAUACCAACAAUUGAAUAUGAUUAUACUCAAAAUGUUACAUUAACUAGUUCAAGUUAAGGGUAAAAGAAAAUCAAGCCUUUUUUUAAGUCAGCUUGUAACCAGUCUCAUUAAUUUUAUGAAUUUUGUUAAUGGGUUUGUCAAUUGCAAUAAAAAUUUUAAUGUAUUGAUUUUUGAAAUUCUGAAUUUAUUUUAACAUUUUGCUAUUACUGUAUAAACAUGUAUAUUUUCGAGUAAUGCGUCUUAAAUAAGCAAAUAAUAAGCGAUAGAAAAAUUGUCAUGUUAGAAAAGUAGAAUAUUGACAAAAGUCUGUUACAAAUUUCAUACAAUUUUUUUUUUAUUUGUAAGGUUUAUGAGUUAUUUGGUAAUUAAACUUGUUAAAUACACCUAGUACUACGUAUAUGUACAUCUUUUUAUUUCUAUAAGUAUGCGUAUCUUACUAAUUAGCAAUAUAAAAUCCAAAUAAGAAAAUGUUUUAAUGUAUUACACAAAUUUUCCCGUAACUUACAAUUUAUAUCUACUUGAAGUAUUCUUUUAAUUAAUUGAAAAAGUAUUCUGGAUUCAAAUUUACAGUACUAGUAUUAAAUAUUUAUGUGUGAACCGAAUGGUGGUUCAAAUUAUUUUAAUAAUGUAGCUUUUCUAUGCGUCAUUUUUAUUUAAUAUAUCUGCUUUAGGUGUCAUUUUGAUACUAUUUGUAUAAUACUCUUGAACACUCUCAAAAUACAUGUAAAACAAUGGUUAAUCAUUUUCAAAACUGGAAUUGGUAUGAUUAGUAAUAAAAAGCAUAUGUUGUAUCUACAAUUUUUAUACCAAUUUAAUUUGGUUAAAUCAACAAUAUACCAUCAUGAUUUUAUAUUGUAAGCAAUUUUCUGUAAUUAUUAAAUGGUGAUAAUGAAAAUAUCAUUUCAUACUUACACACAUA